CUACAAGCAGCCUACAAGUCAACAAACAAACAAACAAGCACAUCUCUCUAGUUCGUUGGAAUUAAUGUAUAUUUAUAUACAUAUACAUAUAUGCCCUCUCUUAAUUCUGCUUAUACCCAACAUGGUGGCUUUUAAUUAAUUGCCACGUACUUUAUAUAAAUGGUACCAAAAAGAGGAUUUCUUGCACAUUCCCUUGGUUUUCCAGUUUCUCUUCCAUUGUUCCAAUUAGAGAGCCUGAGAGCAUAUGGACUACCAUCGCCAGAAUAAGAAAACCAAAUGCAAUCAUUCUAAUUCAGAAGAGGUUAGCAGUAUUGAAUGGACAUUCAUAAACAUGACUGAACAAGAAGAAGAUCUCAUCUUUAGAAUGCACAGACUCGUCGGAGAAAGAUGGGAUUUAAUAGCCGGCCGAAUUCCAGGCCGAAAAGCAGAAGAGAUAGAGAGGUUUUGGAUAAUGAGACAUCGUGAUAUGUUUGCACAAAGAAGAAAACAGCAAAGAGAAUUCUAAGCUACUUGAUCAUGUUCUUCCAAAUUCUUAUUCCUUUAAAUAGUUGUUCAAUUUCCUUUUCCCAAUAUAGUCUUUUGCCUUGUACCCUGUUCUGUAUUCUGGUUCUUGUUUUUGUUUUCUUUCCCAUCUCUCUUUCUUUGUGGUCAAAUCUAAAUGCAGAUUGGAUUGUUUGUCCCAUAAGACCACAGAAAGAAACCAGAAGAAAAAGAUCAGUUGGUCCAAGGCAAUAGGCAAAGAUUGCAAGGAUUACAUGCAGAGAUUUUUUCUGUGGAAAUGAUAUCUUGGAAAGCCUCAAAGUUCAAAAGAUUUGGCUUACCAUCAGAAGAGGCAUGUAAUUUUUCAACCCUUGCAAUCAUGGUUAUGGUUUUCAUACUGUACCAUUGCCUUUUUUCAUAUGGAUGCGUGAUGUAUUUUUCUUAAAUUAGUGUACAAUGAUUUGCCUGUUAAUAUAACCAGAAGUUUAAUUUAUCACUUAUAUUUGCUCGGUUACC